AUGAGCUACAACAUCAAGCAUAUUUACUCGAUUUUUUGUAUAUACGACAGACAUCUCUAUCACGUAAAUGACUCGUUCGUCCAUUGAGACAAAACGCCACCAAAAUAGGCUGGACAUUGCUGACGAGAUCACAGAGAGCCUACCUAAAAUCAGAAUUUGGAAUAAUAAGUGGUCCAUAGAGCUAGUGGCGAAAGCUAAGACGAAAGAAACCUCGAUAGAAUUCGACAUUUACAAAAUCUGCUUUUAGCGAGACUGGAAAUGGGUCGGAAAGUCAAUAAUUUUAAUGCCAAUACAUUGUGCUGACGUUCAGGGCGUAAAAUGUUUUGAUUUUUGCUGCUUACCAAUGUUGAAUAAGCGAAUCGUACAGUCUAUGCAAUAACAUCGUUACGUCGACAUUCCGUCAAGACGUUUGCUGCGUGUCGAUCGCAAGUGUCUUGAGUGGCCUAACAGCACGGCUGUGUGCAAAUUUGCUGUAUUCUGCCCUUUAAGCGUCAUACAUACAGAACGUUGCACACUCUUGUUAAGGCGAGAGAUAUAAGAAACUGAACGUUAGAGCAAAAUACUCCAAGUUGUCGUUGCACAUCUUUUUCACCAAUCUACUCUUUUUUGUAAGAUUUCAGCCAAUCAUACCAUUCCACCACACACACAUCAUCCGUCCGCCACAAUCAAAGUCUCCCUCCGCUUUGUUCGUUGCGUUGUCAUAUACACGCAGUGUGAAUUAGGAAUCAAGACAGAACCAAACCGACCUCUUCAAGUGCCAGUACCGACCAUCUACACUUGAAAUCCAU